AAGUCAGAAAGUUUUCGACCAACUUGACAACCGCUGAGGUGAGCAGGCAGAAAACCACGCUGAGAGACUUUUUUGUGGAAAAACAGGAUGGAGGUAUCAAGAAGAAGAAUCCUCCAAAAACACCUGGAGCCGGCCAGACCUCUGCGCCGCUACGUCCAUGCUGAGUUUGGCGACUACUUGCCGCUACCUGAGCCUCAAAUAAAUGCUGCUGCAUGUCCGCAGACGCUGACGAAUCAGGAGACGAACAUCGCCAUCGAGCAGUUCUGCAAGAUCAUCAACCUCCACAAGCAGCAAAAAGCUAGAAUAUCUUACACAAGGGAUUUUUUAAUCGGCCUGGCCAGUUGUCCUGAGGCCAAGAAGAAGCCAGAACACUUGCCAGAGCACCCCAUAGUCUUAACCGAGGCAAGAGACCCUGGGAACCUGAAUUUUCAUGAAAUGAGGUGCAAUGGUGAUGGAGAACAUGUGUGAGCUGAAACAGGGUGGCAGAAAGGCUUCGCUCACCUUACCGAAACUUGCACAGGUCUUAUUGUUUACUGCUGAGAGUGUUUGUGUGUUUUUUUCUUAUUAUUAUUAUUUUCUCUUCUUUCUAAUAUUUAAUUUAACUCGUGACUUUUUUCCAUUUGCGCACAUGAACCUGGUGACUGUUGCUGUGGCGGCAUGAGUGUGGCAUUAUGGCUUGACUUUCUGCUGUGUGAGAUUUUGUUGACAGUACAAUAUUUCUAUUGUAUAAAAGGAUUAAUGAAUACUUUUCAACUGUGGUGACAAUGUUUUAUUUAAAGGAGAGUCAGCAUUUCUCUUUAUGCUGUAAUAAAACAAACCCGACUUGUGAAAAUCAUUCAUUAGUUGGGGUUGCGUAACCAUUGGGA